CUAAAAAUUCAGAAAGUGCAAUAUUUCGAAAAGAACAUUCGUUUUGUUAUUCCAUUUAUUUGCUUUUGUUGAAUAAAAAUAUUUAUUAAUAUAAGAAAGGUUUUAUUUAUUCUCGUUUUGGAAAUGUAAAUAAUUUGAAUGUUGAAAAUUUGAAGUGCAAAUUGAGUUUUAAAAAAGUAAAUAUUAAUAAAAGAUUAAAUAAAACGCAAGCACAGAGAUAAGAAAAGCUGAAACAACAACAAUGUCAAAGAUUUUACGUCGAGUUCACAUCAUUUAUUUUUCUAGCUGAAAAUUUUACCGCGCGAAUUCAAAAAUUUUCAAACGCACCCAAAUACUUGGCACGCAACUAACUCGAUGAUUGUGCUCGGCUUGAACAAAAUUGAGUAUUGCAAAAAUAGUUUGCAAAAUUUUUGCUGUAAAUUGCCAAAAUAUUGCAUGCAUUUAUCGAAACAAUUGAAUUUAUAUACGAGUGCACGCAAAGAACCACAAUCCACAGAAUGAUUAUGGACAAAACAGAAAAUAUAGGCGAGCACGCCUGGACAAAGUUACUCGACGAUAAGGAUAGUACAGGAAAUGGAGCUGUGAUCGUUAGAAUGACAAAUUCCGACGGUAAACUUAUUAGUGAUAGGCACACAAUUGGCCAAAAAGAAACUAGUCCACUUACAAUGGAUCAUCUAGCACCGAUUUGUGGUAAGGACGGCGGUGACAGUGUGCUUGAUGGUGGUGACGGUUGCGGUGGUGGUAGUGAAAAUAGUGCAUCAGUUGCACGUAAAGAAUCUAUACUCGGUACAUUCCAUAAACAUUUAAGAAGAUCACUGAAAGCAGUUAGCGAGUCACCGGGUCCUAUAACAAG